AUUCCUGUCCUCAUUCCGAACAUUCUUAGCAUCGCUCGCGCCGCGCCGCGCCGCCCGAGCCGAGCCGAGCCUCUGCAGCCGCCGCCGCGGCCCCGCCGCCCGCCGCGGGCGCCCACCAAGCACUUUGCAGACUCGCUUCCACCCUGCGGGCCAGUCCGCGCGGCGGGGCCCGGGCCCGGGGCGGCCGCGUCCGGGGACAGGCCAUGCAGUGAAACCCCCCCACCCCGUCCACCUUCGCCCGGAGCCGCGGGCGGCAGCCCAGUGCGCCCAGCCGGCCCCGGGGCAGGAGCGGUGCUAGGCAGGGGUGGGGUGGCCGGCCCGGGGACCGGGAGCCGGGCACCGAGCUGAGGGCGGGGGACGCGGCGCCGAAGUUUGCCUCGGACGCGCCGGGCGCUGCGGCGGCUCCCUCGGCCGAGGACUGCCGCCGCCGCCGCCGCCGCUUCAUUGCACAUUCAAGUGGAAAAUUUUCAGGAGUCAGCAGAAACAUUGUGUCCAAAAAAGACUGAGUCGCAGUUACCACCAAACCCUGGAGGAGACUCUCUCUGGAAAACUUCCCUUCGGUUUAUUUUCUUGAAAAGGCUCCAGGCUUCGGCUUGGAAAAUCCAACCGCCAAAAUUGAGCCUAGCAGCUGGAGCGGCAGCGAGAGCCCUGCCGAAAACAUGGAAAGGAUGAGUGACUCUGCAGAUAAGCCGAUUGACAACGACGCGGAAGGGGUCUGGAGCCCCGACAUUGAGCAGAGCUUUCAGGAGGCCUUGGCUAUCUAUCCACCAUGUGGGAGGAGGAAAAUCAUCUUAUCAGACGAAGGCAAGAUGUAUGGUAGGAAUGAAUUGAUAGCCAGAUACAUCAAACUCAGGACAGGGAAGACGAGGACCAGAAAACAGGUGUCUAGUCAUAUACAGGUCUUAGCAAGAAAGAAAGUUCGAGAAAUUCAAGCCGCCAUUAAGGUGUCUAGUCACAUUCAGGUUCUUGCCAGAAGGAAAUCUCGUGAUUUUCAUUCCAAGCUAAAGGUAACAAGCAUGGAUCAGACUGCAAAGGAUAAGGCCUUGCAGCACAUGGCCGCCAUGUCGUCAGCCCAGAUCGUCUCGGCCACUGCCAUUCACAACAAGCUGGGGCUGCCUGGGAUUCCACGCCCCACCUUCCCGGGGGCACCGGGGUUCUGGCCGGGAAUGAUACAAACAGGGCAGCCAGGAUCCUCACAAGACGUCAAGCCCUUUGUGCAGCAGGCCUACCCCAUCCAGCCCACAGUCACAGCCCCCAUUCCAGGGUUUGAACCUGCAUCAGCCCCAGCUCCCUCGGUCCCUGCCUGGCAGGGCCGCUCCAUUGGCACAACCAAACUUCGCCUAGUGGAAUUCUCGGCUUUCCUCGAACAGCAGCGCGAUCCAGACUCGUACAACAAACACCUCUUCGUGCACAUUGGGCAUGCCAACCAUUCUUACAGUGACCCAUUGCUCGAAUCAGUGGACAUUCGUCAGAUUUAUGACAAAUUUCCUGAAAAGAAAGGUGGCUUAAAGGAACUGUUUGGAAAGGGCCCUCAAAAUGCCUUCUUCCUCGUAAAAUUCUGGGCGGAUUUAAACUGCAACAUUCAGGAUGAUGCUGGCGCCUUCUAUGGUGUAACCAGUCAGUACGAGAGUUCUGAAAAUAUGACCGUCACCUGUUCCACCAAAGUUUGCUCCUUUGGGAAGCAAGUAGUAGAAAAAGUAGAGACGGAGUAUGCAAGGUUUGAGAAUGGCCGCUUCGUAUACCGAAUAAACCGCUCCCCGAUGUGUGAAUAUAUGAUCAACUUCAUCCACAAGCUCAAACACUUACCAGAGAAAUAUAUGAUGAACAGUGUUUUGGAAAACUUCACAAUUUUAUUGGUGGUAACAAACAGGGAUACACAAGAAACUCUCCUCUGCAUGGCCUGUGUAUUUGAAGUUUCAAAUAGUGAACAUGGAGCACAGCAUCAUAUUUACAGGCUUGUAAAGGACUGAACAUGGUUAUUUAUAUAUAGAGAUACCUGUAUAUACACACACACACGUGCGCACACACACACACUCUCUCCAUUAUCGAAUGACUGACUGUAAACCUCACCACACAGGGGUGGUGCCCUGGCUCCUGAGGUCACCCCGACUUUUCUAAAUCCUGUUUGAGUGAAGUCAUUUUUUCAUGUGUUCAUCCUAUCAUUGUAGCUGUGAAGUUCUGGUACAGUUGUAAAAAGAGAAAUCGAGUUGUUUCUGUGUUCUUCAGAUCUGCAGCCCACAGUUCCUCGGGAAAAGCGAACCUUACGAACGCAAGUCUCUGUCUGCAGAGACCGGUUUUUCUAAUUGUGGUAGAAAGUCUUGAGACAGAGCAUUUGCCAUGGGACAUUUACAGCCUUUAUACAAAUGUAUUUAGUUCUUUUUUUUCCAACAUAAAAUUCUUGUUUUAAGAUACAAGUAAAAUUAAUCUUUAAAUAUAAAUGUAAAUUAGUACACAAAACUAAGAAUCUUUAGACUUAUCUUUGUAACUAAUUAGGGUGGAAGUUAUAAAAGAAUGUAAUUCACUAAAUUAUUUUUUAAAUGAAACUUUUCUUUCUUUUUGAAACCAAAUGUUAAAAUAUAGCCUUAAGAAAUGCUUGGUAGAAGUAUCCUAAUGAGAUAAAUUUGUACUUUUUUCCUCAAGGUUAAAACUAAUCUCCUAAUCCAUUGAACUCUUGAGCAGAUAUUGCAAAGGAAGAAAAUUUCACCCCUUAUCCUUAACGUAUAUAGUAUAUUUAAAAAUAUAAAAUUGUAUUGUACUAAUGUGGUGAUUGAUUAUUUAAUGAAAAAGGAAAGAUGGCUCUUUUUGCAAUAAGUAGAUAAAUACUGAAAAUCUAAACUUACAAUGUUUAUAGUCUUGUGUGUGCAGUUAUAUUUUAUAUGGACAACCAAAUUUUCUAUUAAGAUGAGUAAAUAUUUGAACCACUGAAAUUUAAUAACAAAAAUUGAAAAUUGGCGUGAAUACUGCACUGUGAGCUGCAAAGUAUAGAAAGUCCUGUGGCUGGGAGAAAAUUUCGUCAACCCAACAAGUAAAAGGCUCAUCAGUUUUACCAUCUCUGCUCCCCAGAAAUUCGCAAGCAUCCUCACCAGCCUGUGGAUAAAUUCUUUAUUUCUGGUGAUCCAAUAUGCAUAUUAACCUGUUAGAACUAUAUGAGUGUAUAUGUGUUUGUGUAUACAGAUAUACACAUAUACACACAGUCAUUCAACACAUAUCGAACAUCUAUUUAGUGUCACUCAGUGCUAGGUGCUGAUAUGCAUGCAUAUCUCAAUCUGUGUCUGUAGAUCUCGAUAGAGUCUCUAAGGACAUCCAUUUCCUUGACAUCUCUCAGUAAGUCAUAGUACUUAUUUGACUGAGGUUUGAGAGGCCCGGCUAUCUGUCUCUGACCUUUCCAAAUAGGCUCGUAGGGGAGGUUCUCUUCCCAGGAGAGAUUCAGUUUUCCAACCCACAUAUUCCAAAGCAUGGCCCAGGCAGAGCUGGUUUGAUGUGGCCACAUGUCUUGGGUUGUUUCCCUAAGUGCUUCAUUGGGAAGGGGACAGGGCGUACUCCCCCGUCCCCCAACUUCCCAGAGGAAAGGGACUUUUUAAAAUUGUUUAGGAACAUGUUAACGCGAUAGAAUGUUAAAUAAGUUUUGUACAUUGUGAAACAGGUCAAGACUUUUUCUUGAAGCCAGAAAAUAAAAACGUUCUCUCACAUCCAAGUAACUUACACCCCACCUUCCUUCCCACCGUCUGCUCUGACCCUGCUUGGGUAUCAGUUAGUGUCCGGUGGUCAUGAGGAUGUGGCCGGCUUGUGGCAAAUAGGAACAAUGGACCAAGCCUGGCCUCUCCCAAAUUCAUGCCACUGGUCACUGGGAAGACCAGAGGAGAAAGUGCAAAACUAUUCCCAUUUGGCAUGCACAUCUCUUACAUAAGCCAGUGGGAUGGUGCCCAUCUUCCCUCCCUAAUCAGAGGGAAAUCAGGCUUCCCAAAUCAGACUACUGUUUGUUCCCUGAUUCCAAGUGACCCUUUGAAGGAUUGGCCAAGUUGUCUGCCCUUCCAUCUGGUCUUCACCCCAAGCGUUUAAGCUGCUUCUGUGGUCACCAUAUUUAUGGCUUCUAUUGGUCACCUGUCUUAGGGGGUUUCUUUGGCUCCUGUGUCCUGCAUAUUUCCUCAAGGGAACCCCCACCCUCCCAGGACCAGGACUCUAUGAAGGGGUCAAAUGAUCUUACAUGGCUCAAAGCCAGGCUGUCUCAGAACUUCAGGGGGAGAGGUAUCUUGUUCACGUCCCCACCCAGGAAUGGGCCUCCUCUGUGCUGCCACGAGGGCUCUUGGGAGUGACUUUUCAAAGCACAAAUAGCCUGAGAGCCAAGACGACCAGCUAGCGGAUAGUUCUGUUGGUAGAGCAGGACGCUCCCCAGUCUGCUGAACUCAGAGUCAGCCUGGGCCCUCUGAUGCCUGGCCGCUAGUGUCCUCUUCAUCCAGUGACUUUGUCGUUGAGUUUGGGGGUUCUAUGAAUGACCUAGAGGAUUACUUUAUGCUCUUAAAACGUUUCUGAGAUCUUUUAAAGUUUGCUUCUUGUCUUGUUCUGCAGCUUUCCCCAGGGCAGAUACUUUCUCCAUCUUAACCGCUGGUCCAGUUACCCAAACUCUUGGCCCUCUCUCCGUCUCUCCCAAACAAGACCCUGGGUUAGGAUUUAGAUGUUAGAACAUCUAAUCCAAGUCUCUCUGUGCUCUCUCACCCUGGAGAGCAGAGUCUCUCCGUGUGUCUUGUAAAGCUUUCUCAACCAUAAAGAAGCCUUCCCAAAGCUCUGUUCUCCUGCUCUCUCCCGGGUGUUCCAUCUCCUGGUGACCCUUGCUGCCAGGCUUGAUUCAGGGACAUCUCGUGCUUUCACUGGGGUGUUUGAGGCCAGUUUUCCGCAGCCUAAACAGGGAGGAGCUGAAGAAGUAGGUUCUGGCCUGUUGGCAUUCUUUUCCGUCUUAGCAAGAGACCUAAAAUAAAAUCAGGACUUCUUCAAGAACACGUGCUAGAAUCCCACAGUGUCCAUGCUACCCUAACCAGGGUUUCUCACCCUCGACGCUGUUGGCAUUUUGGACCAGAUCAUUCUUCAUUGUGCAGGGCUGUCCUGUGCAUCGUAGGAGGUUUAGCAACGUCCCUGGCCUCUGCUCACUAGAUACCAGAAGCACCCCCUUCCCCAGCUGUCAUACCCAGAAUGUCUUCAGACAUUGCCAAAUGUCCCAUGGGGCACAAAAUCACCCCUGGUUGAAAACCACUGCCCUAGAUCUUACAGGCCACAAGUGCCAUAUUUGGGAUUUUCUUUUUCCUUCCAUUUCACCCUAAGAUAGCUUCUCUCCUGGGAGCCUGGUUUUGGGUCAUCGAGAGGCAGGUAGGAAUAUUACUCAAGUGACAUUGUACCCAUGUUUCUUCCUGUUUCAGAACUUCUGUUUCACAGCAGAGUCUCUCUUGCUAGAAGUAUUCUUUCACUCAUCCCUGGGGAAGCUGGGAACAGCUGUCACCAUCAUCCUUAUGAUCAAGUCACAUCUAUUUAAAGAGCAAUUCUAAUUUGGUCUUCAUCCCUUAGUUUACCAGGUUAAAAAAAAUCCAGCUAUUUUCAUUAUUUCUCAUAAGCUCAUGGGUCUCAUUAUCAAACCUUUAAUUGUUUGAGUAAAUUUUUACUUUUUCUACUUUUUGCCUUACACACUCAGUGCUGUUUGUAGAACUUAUGGAAGCCUCUGGAACGUGUCGUUUCAUCGUUAGGGAUGGAGGAGAGAAGAAUCAGUUCUAAAAGAGGGCUGACAGAAUUUUUCUUUAUCGAGCUAAAUAAAAGAGAGCACAAUCUACUCUCCUUCAUUUUGUGGAUGAGAAAGUCAAGGCCCAGAGGGGAGCUGACUUGCCCAGAGUCACCCAGCCGGUUGGUGACAGGACAGAGUGAGGCCCUAGGACCCCUGCCACUUAAUCCUGGGCCUCUCCAGUGGAGGUUGUUCCUCAAUGGUGCUCAUGCUUAAGUGAUCCCUGCGAAUGUGUGGCCAGGGUCAAUUCUGAAGAGGGAGAUUAGGGACCCCCUCUGCCAAAGCGAGAGCAUCACCCCGAGCCAAUGCUGCUUCUCCCGAGAGUGUCUCGUCUCAGCAGAUCACGCACAGCAGAUGUGAGAGCUGAUGGCCUUUCACUUCCUCUGAGGACAGUUCACCUGCCACAGGCUGAGUCAAAUUUCGAUUUGCUAAGCAUCCCAGCAGCAAAAGUCUCGCACUCAGACCAGCCAAAAAAACCAGUCCCUGUUCCAAGCACUUGGUGUUACACGUCCCCAAAUGACUUUUCAACCCAAGUCUUCUUUAGGUUCCAAUACUGUAGUGGCUUUAGCCGUUUUUGUACAACCGUAAAUUAUUUAAAUCCUAUGAGAUGACAGUCAACUUUACAAACCAGGUACAUGGAACUUGUAUAAUUUUGUAUAUGCUCUGGUACACUGCACUUGUCCUAACGAAGGGUAGAACCAAUUUUGUUUGUUGGUGUUCACACCUGUGACUUUAAGAAGAUAUGUCUGCACCGCUUCUUUCUUUCUGUUGAUGUUUCUGUGGCAAAGCCCUGCACCUGUCAUUUCUGAAAAGCCUUAAAUCUUUGAGCUGUUGCAUGUAGGGUGUGCAGUGCAAAAGGCCGCCUCGGAACUGGGAGCCCUUUUGUAAGCUGGAAGCGUUUCUCUUACUACUGUUACUUUUUUAGGGAGUUUUAAAUUCAGAGCUGCCAAAGUGUUCCAGUCAGCAGUGCCUUAGAGAUAGAGACCUUAGUCUUGCCGCCAGCCUUCUGCACCCCUUUUCCACGUCCACGGACGAAUUGGCCCCAUAUUUAAAGCAGAACAAGCAAAAAUUGUUUUCAUUCUGUUUGGUAAGCCCGAUUUUCUCCAGUUCUCUAGGAAUCUGACUACUCUCUCUCAAAUCUCAAACCCAACCCAAGUCAGUUGGUUGACCACACCCUCAAACGUCUAUACCAAAACGAAAGGUUUUGCAACUUCGUAGUUCACUAUGAAAAGCAAAUUGUACUUUUAAUGUUGCCUUUUAAAUUCACGACCAAAUACGUAGCUAUUUGUGACUCUUCUGCACUCUAGCAUGAAAGUGCCUUUGGUUUGAGAUUCCAGCUUAGAAAAGUGCUGCCAUAAUAACGAUAACUCGUAGAGAGACCAAAAAUAUUUUGAGAUCACCGUAAUGCCUUUGGUUUACCAGGACGAGUAACCAACCACAGGCCUCCGUUCACAAGAGCACAACGUGGACUCCGCCUGCUGCCCGUCUGCCUGCCGUGGGGCCCCCCCACCCACCAGUAGCGCGGCAGCAGGGGGCACCCUGGGAACUGUCGUGUUUGUGUGCUGACGUGUGUCAUCUCGGCUCGUCACCCGUCCUGCAUCUGCACGAGGGAACUCGCACACAGACGGCAGGAUCUCAGGCGGUGGACAGAUUUGUGCUCCUCCUUGUGCUCGUGCUCAGUCUCCGAGCUGCUUUCUUUCCCAUUCAGAGGGCAGUGCGCACUAACCUGGUCUACACGAGGACACCAUUCUGAAAGUUGGAAGCCUCAAACUGAGACGACGGUGCAGAACAAAAGUGAGUUAGGGUCAUUUCAAUGGAAGUGUUCUUCUUAGGCGAACGCGUUGACUCUGAGUGUUGUGUAUGAAUGUGCUAUGAGCAACUUCCAAAGAGCACCAUUCACAAUUCGGUAUUUUCAAAGAAUGUUCCAGCCCUCCAAAGGGCACCUCUUUGAAGUCUGUGUUGGCUUUUAUCGAAACCUUGUAUAAAUUGGAAAAACCCAUAGAGGGAAGGAAGAGGAGUGAAAAGGACGAGAAGGCAAAACACACCAGCCCAACAAAAGCCAGGAAAAAAAAGAUUUCUCUUUACCAAUAUAGACUUUAAAAUGACAUCAGACGUCUUUGAAAGUUAGCCUCUAAACUCGUAAUGCGUAUGUUCUGUCUGUCUCUGCCUGGUGUCUUUAAGAAUGCCCUCUCUGGUCUCUAAAAUUUCAGGAGUGAUUUUGGUCCACACCAAGUUGUGGAUAUUUAUAGAAAUGUCUACAAGAAAAAAAAUAAAAUGAUUCUAUCCACACCAGGUUGUGGGUAUUUAUAGAAAUUUCUACAAGAAAAAAAAAAAAGGAAAAGAAAAAUUACUUGACACAAGUCCUCGUUAGCUGCUUGAUCCAGCCCCUCCUGUCAGCUCUGCAGCACAACUUGGAAGAAAGUCACAUCCUUGUUUUCCUUCUCUUUUCAACUGUUCCUGUGCUUUGUUUGGUAACAGUUUCCUCUCAUAAACUCAUUGCUUAUAUCAUUAAGAAUGAAGAUUUUGUGUUUAAAAUUUAUUGCAUUGCAAAGGGUAGUUUCACUGAGGUCGUGCACCAUGAAAUAAGAUGAAAUGUUUGUAUUUAUUGUCCUGCUUCCUAAGCCGUGACUUGUUUAUUCUCUGUGAAUUUGCAUUGAGUCGGUCAUAGGCCACACUACAUCACUUUAGUAUUUGAAACGGCGUUUAUGUUCCCGCUCGUUCAUCAUGGAAUGGAGUCACAUUCCACCUGUCAGGUUGACUCUCGUGUCUGCCUUCCAUUAUGGGAUCGUUUCUCCCUCCCCUUUCUCUGACAGAGGCUGACAGCUUCUAGGCGUAAAUCAAUUGGAAACCAGCCUGAUUUUCUUCAUUUUUUUGCGUCAGUCAUCUUCUGUGGUUAGUUCCGCUGUGUAAAUUAGAUAUUAACUGCACUCCUUUAAAAAACACACACACACACUUCUCCUUGUUACCUCCUUGAAAGAUUCCCUUCUGUAGGCCUUUUUCCAUAGGCUCAUGACUGCAGAUAAAAAAAGUAAAAACAAAACAGUAUGUGCCUGAAAAACGACAACAAAAAAGAUUUUGUAACACUUAAAAAAGAAACCUGAAUAGCCUUUAAUUCUUUAAUAUACUUCAAUUUUAUGUGAAUUGGUUUUUGCCACGUGUGUUUGUUCUCAUCCUAAUUGACUUAGUGGGAUUCUCACGGUCCGUGUCCUUGUGUCUCGUGUAUAAGAUGGGCUUGGGACUGCUGCCGGGAGUGGGCUGCCAACCUGCCUUGGUGACGAGCUCCUCCUGGGUCGAUUGGAGAGCGGGGGUGGGGGAAAUUCUCACAUACAUCUUCUUAACCUAUUUGCAGAAACUUUCACAAGGCAUCUGGGUCAGCCUCCUGGCAGCACAGUAUUCUCGUAUUUGUUAACGUCUGUGUUUAGGUACUGGUACCUUUUCGUUUAAAAAUGUUAAGUGUUGGCUUUAAAGUGAAUUUAUCUUUAGUAUGAUAGUUAUAUGAAAAUUAUAGGGUUUGUGUGCAGAGAAUUUUUUUAUAAAGUGCUUUGUAAAAAAAAAAAAUGUAUUCUAGCUUUCGCGGUACAUAUGUGUGAUAACUUUAAUAUCCAUGACAGUUAAGUGCAAUUAUUUCAUCACUCUAAAAAUGCUAUUUUUGUGUCAGUUCCUGCAGGUGUUUUCAUGUCUUUGCAAAGUGACACAUUUUGAUGCCUUCUUGAUAAAGUGGUAGACAUUUUGUAGCUUUCUAGAAACUUUGUAUUCAUACGGUAUCAAUGAAAAAUAAAGAAAAUGAAAGUGUGGGUCACCUUU